AUGUCGUAUAAUAAUUACAAUUACAGGCACAAUUCGAUAGGUGGUAACUGGCAUUUACCACCGCCAAUUCAACAACAACAACAACAACAACAGCAGCAGCAGCAACAGCAGCAAUACCAAAAUGGAAGAGCCGCUAACAAUGAUAUGAUAGCGCAGGAGCUGAUCUAUCUCCCACAACAGGCAUACAAAUCAAAUCAGGUCCCGGGAUUUCGUAAUCCAUGGUUUUCCAUGAAUCAUUCGUCCCCUGCAAUUUCAUCUCCUUCCACUGCAUCGUCUGCAUUAUCGCAAUCUCCCACCAAAUCUCACCAAAUUCCAUUAUUACAGCAACAUCAGCCGCCGCCUUUGAAUAAGAGAUUGUCAUUUACAAACCAGCUUCUGACAACUUACGAAAAUGAAAACAAUGCCACAAAUUCUCAAACGUCGCCUUAUAUACACCCACCAACUCGUGCUGAUAACCCUUUUACCCAAUACUUUUCCAACCCGGAGGUAUCGCUUAACAAUCCCAAUGAUCGCCGAAUGUCAGCAGCAGUAGAUGGAACAUAUAGCAACCCGUAUGGAUAUAAUCAGCAAAAUAGAACCGCAUUGGUAUCACAAGGAGGAAAUACUGACGCGUCUGUGGUACAAGGAGUAGCACCAGGACUCUCCCAAUUUAUCAAUCCAAACUUACCGCCCUCUAUGAUGCAAGGGGUUGGAGGUGCAAAUCGAAGAUCGUCAGUAGCUGUCAUGCCAAACCACUACUACCAGCAGCCAAUGACAGCGUACGAUAAUAAGGGUGGUCAGUAUUAUGCCUCGCCGGCCAGAAGAUCAGGCUCAAUAGUACAAUACCAACAAUACCAGCAAGCACUUCAGACUCAAAAGACGUCUAAGUUUAGGAAACCUGCACCGAAGGCUAGGAAGAUUCGCAACAAAUUGGAACUUUGUCCCAAGAUUCACCAACAACCAAAAUACAGACGUUGCUCUGUUAAUUCUAUACAUAUAUCCCCCAUUAACGCGUUAUCAGUAUACCUAACAGAGUCAUAUAGUAUCUGCCAACCAAGAAAGUUUCAAUACUCCAAGUCAACCAACCCGAAAAGAGUCUUGACAAAACCCCUGGACCCAAAAUACAACAAUGGAUUUGACAACGAAGAAAGUGAUUACAUUCUCUAUGUCAAUGAUAUUUUAGGAAGUGAAGAGGGUAGGAAGUAUAUGGUUCUUGAUUUGCUAGGGUCUGGUACAUUUGGUCAAGUUGUAAAAUGCCAAAACUUGACCAACCAGAGUGUCUGUGCCGUUAAGGUGAUAAAGUCUAAACCAGCAUAUUUGAAUCAGUCGUUGACGGAAGUGCGUUUAUUAGAGUUUUUAAACAACAACAGUGACGGAAAGAGUUUUAUCAGGCUCUUGGACACUUUUAUGCACAAGGAGCAUUUGUGCUUGGUGUUUGAGCUCUUGGCAUCAAAUCUUUAUGAGUUGAUAAAGCAGAACCAGUUUCAAGGAUUGAGUAUGAAAUUGGUGAAGCUUCUUACCAAGCAAUUGUUAGAUGCCAUGGCCCAAUUGAAGAGCUUUCAAAUGAUUCAUUGCGAUUUGAAACCAGAGAAUAUUUUGCUAUGCCAGCCAGAUAAACCAAAUAUCAAAGUGAUUGAUUUUGGAUCAGCGUGCUUUACAAGACAAACUAUUUAUACAUAUAUACAAUCGAGAUUUUAUCGUUCACCGGAGGUUAUUCUUGGAUUACCUUAUACAGAAUCGAUUGAUAUGUGGUCUUUGGGGUGCAUAGUUGGGGAGUUUUUCCUUGGACUCCCUAUGUUCCCCGGUACUUCAGAGUACAAUCAAAUUUGGAAGAUUGUCGACAUGUUGGGUCCUCCACCAAGACACAUGAUCGAAGUAGGAAGAAAUUCAUUAAACUUUUUCAAAAAGGCGCCAAGUAAGGAUCCCGAUGGGAAACCUACAUAUGAGAUUAAGCCGUUUGAAGAGUAUACGCAUGACUUGGAAGUGGCCAAGAUGGAGAAUGGGUCAAGUCACGCGCACAAAAAAGAGCAACCAAACAAGAAUUACUUUAAACAUAGGCUAUUGAAGGACAUCAUAUUGAAUUACAAGCUACCAAGUAAAAAGAUGACAAGUCUGAUGAUUGAGAAGGAAUGUCAAGAGCGAUUGUUGUUGGUUGACUUUUUGACUAAAGUGCUCAAUCUCAAUCCUUUGGAAAGAUUGACUCCGCAGGAAGCUUUGAAGCAUCCAUUUGUUCAGGAUGUGAGAUCGAUUGAAAUGCCUGCGGUGUAG